CUUGGCAGACUGACAGAUUUCAGUGGGGAGGAGUCUCGUGGUUUAGGCCAGGACAGACCAAAGGACAAACAGACAGAGGUGUAGAAAGAGAAAGUGGCUAAUAACUGAGGAACAAAGAACGAAAACACCUGACCACCCUCUUUGGAAGCAGAGUACAGAUGGCGAUGUCUCCCACUGCUCUGGUGGCCCACCGGGCUCUUGCUGCUGCAUCACAAGGAAGCCAUGAAGGAGGAGCCAGGACCUGGAAGAUCCUGUCCUUCGUAUUAGCCUUGCCCGGUGUGGGUGUCUGCAUGGCAAACGCUUACAUGAAGAUGCAGGCCCAUUCUCAUGAUCCCCCAGAGUUUGUGCCAUACCCACACCUCCGCAUUCGAACCAAGCCAUGGCCAUGGGGUGAUGGGAAUCACUCCCUCUUCCACAACGCUCAUACGAACGCUCUGCCCACUGGUUACGAGGGACCUCACCACUGAGCAGGACGCCCCCUGCUGUCUCAACUGGCCGUCCCCUCAGAUGCCAGUCAAUACUGAUGGACAAGCUUCUAACAUUUUUAACAGAAAUAAACAGUUUUCACA